AUGACAUCAAAGAUAUUUCAGCCUUAUAUGUUAUGUCGACUCAAAUGCAUCGCACUCCUACGACUACGCACGAAUCAUUUCGAAACCAAAUCCAAAUCUAAAUCCAAGUUCAACCAAACACAAAGAACACCUCUGCCCUCUACCCCGACUCUGAAACAUCUUUCUCUGCCCAGGAUUUUUCUGAAUGUGGUUGAGCACAUGGAAAAGAAAGCUAGAAAGUUUAA